GUUCAGGCGAUAUCGAGCGCCCCUGGCCAGGGCAUCGCGCAGUCAUCCAGCGACGUGGGUUCCUCCGAUAGCGAGGCGUCGAUGGAGUCGAGCGAUGAUGAGAUCGAGCGCGUCGAGAGCGCGAAGAAGAAGAAGAUGGGCAAGAACGACAGCUCGGCGGCAAUCGACAAAUCAAAUGUGGUGUUCGGACGAGUUGCCUCUCUCGAGGCGGUGUUUGAGGGCCUCCAGAAGAAGUCUGAGAGCUGGUACACUCCUUUCGCCCCAGGGGUGGAGAAGGGGCUCGCCACCCUUCAGGAGCUGAAGUUGGAGCUGACGGCUAUCAUCCAGGG